CUUCCCUUUCUGUUGCUUAAUUGAUUUUCUUCAUCGCAGUUUUCAUCUGCGUUCUUCAUCACCAUAUUGAGUUUACCUUGCGAUUUCGUUUCUUCGAAGUUGAUCUUCGUGGGCCUGGCUGCCCUUUCUUUCAUAGUAUCUAACGUUCUUUUAAUUUGGUUUACUAAUUGCUAUUUUCUUUCACUUGUCGAUGACACGAUCGACGACGUUCUUCGAAGUUAGAAUAACAGCCGGCAGAAACAGACAUAUCGUGGAAUAAAGAUUUCAGGAGUAAUAGCUGAGGGGGGGAGAUCAUAUAAGGAUCGCCGCUAUGACAAGUCCCGAGCCGACGACGUCGAGCAUCGAGAUAUUCGAAAUAGAGAAGAAUGUUCCUGCGCCUCUGAGACCAGCGAAGAAGGCGAUCAACCUCCGGAAGACACUUCCACCGCUGCCACCACCAACACCUUUAACCGAAUCCUCUCCAGACUCCAGCGAUUCUAGCGAACAAAAUGCGACGAUAGAUAGCAACCGAGCGACAACCACUACGAGUGACCUCGAAUCGUUGCUAACGGCGUUGGGAGGCAAUGAGAAGGGAGUUGAACUUUCGUUGGGGACUCCCGAGAUGGAGGAGCGCCCGCCAAGACCAGUCUCGAAAGACCCAUUCAGACCAGCGACCGCGGCGACCACAGUCACAGUAGCUACUACAGCGACGGCCUAUUCUUAUUCGAGCCAACGAACUAUCAAGUAUGGCACGGGAAAGCAUGCGAACAUCGAACUAUCGCCGCAACCGAGUGAGGACCCAGAUGAUCCUCUCAAUUGGCCGCUAUGGAAAAAACAUCUGAAUCUUGGGGCGCUGCUUUCUAUGGUCGCGUUGGUUGGAGUAAUGAAAACGGCAUAUAUCAGUGUGAACAGUGCGAUCGCGAUUGAAGAAAACGACUCUUAUACGUCGGCGGUGGCCUUAACUGCCGUUCCUCUAAUGCUGUCUGCAGUGACGGGACUAGCUUCAUUAAUAAUAGCAAGAUUAUGGGGUAAAAGACCGGUAUACUUAGUUUCAAUGGUAAUGAUAUUCAUCGGGGUGGUUUGGAAUACGCAUGUGAGGGGAAAUAUGGGGGAGAAUAUGGCCGCGAGGGUAUUCCAGGGGUUAGGUUGGGGUGCGUUUGAUACCUUGACUUUGGCGUCGAUUCAGGACACGUAUUUUGAACACGAACGACAGUUAAUGAUCGUAAUUCAUUAUGCUGUGUCGAUCGUGACCAUGAUAGGUUCUCCCCUACUCGGCGGUGUUGCUUCAGACGGUCCUAGGGGCUUCGAGCUACAAUUCGAGAUUAUGAGCGCCUUUUUAACGAUUUCGAUCUUAUUACUAGUGUUCGGUGCUCCGGAAACGACGUAUAAUCGUGUAGUCUCCGAGACCGAACCACCCACCAUUGAACGUUCUCAGGCACUAUUUCCAACUGUGACAUACACAAAGGAAGCUGCCUUGGGAUAUAUCGCUAAGAUGAAGCCAUGGUCGUACCAGGCAACCAAAAUCAACAUACCUCUCAUUUUACAGGCACCCCGAGCGAUGUUUGCUCCAACAACGGGCCUUCUUUUUACCCUCACUCUUUUACCUUAUGCUGGCCUUUGGGGCUUUGCAAGUUCGCUCUCAUUGCUCUUCUCACCUCUUCCCUUUAUGUUAACCCCUGGAUCACUUGGUGCUUUAAUGACUGGCCCAUUCCUCCUAGCUACCCCUGUAGCCAUCGCGCUUGCUUUACCACUAUUUCAUCUUCGCUUCGCACCGAUCGUUCACCUAGCUACUCUCGCAAUUGCUACUGUAAUCGCUGCCAUCGGGAUGUUAGGUUUUGGGUUGUAUCUAGCGGGAUCGAUGGCGAUGCCGUCGAAUGGUUCGGCUCAGCUUUUCAGUACUACAUGGGAGUUGGGUUUAGACCGCGUGAGCCUCCCAGUGGUAUCGUUCCUACUGGGACUACUAGCUGUCGGGUCCUUGGGCCUUGAUGCUACAAUUCGGCCUGUCAUCCAGCGAUCUACAGCUUUCACAUCCGCGAAUCUCGCUGUCGGCUUGCGAAAUACGGCUGAUAUGCAUGGCGGCUUAGCAUGCCUACGAAAUCUCGCUAUAGGCACCUUCAUUUUGGGCCUGCCCGAUGCCGUGUUUGAGUGGGAUGGUCUUGAGGCCGCAGCUUUGGGGAUGGGAAUCACCCAAAUUGCCAUCACUGCAGGCGCCUGUGGAGUAUACUGGUACUGGGAUGAAAAUGUUAGACGUCUCGACGGACGUGUUAUGGGUCUCAUCGAUUUGUCUAUGCUAAAGAAGAACGGAAGCUUCUUUGAGACGGAUUGAAACAAAAAUUAAGGAGUGGAAUGUGUAUU